AUGUCAUGUGUGAACUGGUUUGUGCGGGAGUGCCUUGCUGCCAAGCUCGAUCUCCCUUGGCACUUCCUCGUUCGACUCGACAACCUCCCUGUCAUUGAGACCACGUUCGACAACUGGCCAGUAGCAAGCAAAAGCCAUCGGCUGACGCUGCUGGACCUUCCUGGCCCUAACGAGAGCAACAGGAGCGAGUUCAGGGAGAUGAUCAAGCAGCAGCUGAACAUGUCGACGUCAGUGAUCCUGGUGGUGGACUAUACGCAAAUCGGAAGUGCUGCCGCUCAGGAGAUGUACGAGGACAUCCUGCAGACGAACGAGUUUGACCCGCACAUCAUGAAGAACCGACUUCUUGUGUUUGUCAACAAGUACGAUGAGAAGGAUGACCGUGGGAUGGACGAGGAGGAAGUGAAAGAGCGAGUGGCUGCUUCGAUGAUGAUCGAGGACCGAGACAAGAUUGUGCUUGGUUCUGCUCGUCUUGCUUGUCUCGCCAUGCGGACUCUUGACGCGGCAGCGGUGGAUGAAAUCCUGCAAGAGACCUUCCAUGAGCAAGACCUGGUGUUCGAUGACGAGGCGAGCAAGGAGGUCAAGGUCAAGGAAGUCAUCGUUGCCCUCAAUGGCAAGGCUACGCUUCUCUACGACGAGGUACAGCAGGCCAACAAGACAUUUGCUGAGAGUCUCAACGAGAGGCUGGAGUCUCACAGGACCAUGAUGCAGUUCCUCGCGAAAGACAUGAAGAUUUCUCUGGACGCGUACGCCAACCUCGCAGAGAGGCAGCGGGAGCAACUACAAUCUCCUGCGUCGGCGGAAGGCAAAGAGAGCACUGAAGGCUUUGAGUCGACUCUGCACACACUCACGACGACGCUGACGCGACGCCUGGAGGCGCAUCAGACGAGGAAGGAGGACUACGAGAAGGAUGCGCAGCAAGCGAGGGAGAUGCUGAGCGCCAUGCGGAACAUCACGGUCAGAGCCAAGGAAGCCAUCUCUAUCUCCAUCGACGAUGAUCCCGACGACCUCUGA